AUGGUGCCGCCGCAGUCGCCGUCGUCGCCGAGGUCCCGGGCUGGCACGCCGACAUGGGAGGAGUUACAGGAGGAGUGUGCGCUCGCGUCGGCGGUAGCAGCUAGCAUGCAGUCCUCUGGACUGAUCCAACCAUCAUCGAUUGAGCAUGCACCGAGUGCCGAAUCCGAGCAUCAACGUGCCGCGCUCGAGACAAGCAGUGGGCGCUCGACACCGGAUUUGGCCGACCUGUUGCGCGAGGCAGAGCUCGAGGAUCGACUGCGCGCAGCAGCCGACGUGCACGUUGAUCUCGAGGGGCGUCCGAAGCCCUUGCCUGCUGUACCAGACACACGACCCCGAUUAAGUGCCGACGAACUCGAGCACGGGGGCGCUCGCGCCGAUGGCGCUGGGUUUGUCGUGGAAUCUACCGCUGCACGGUUCUGGGCACUGGACGAAGCCCUUCUGAAUGUAUUGCAGCAUCAUGUGGAACGUGUGCAGGCUAGUGAUGCUGUCUCGGCCGCCCCGGUGGAGCAAAACCCCACAGCACCCGAGGUUCCGAGGUCGACACAGCACAAGGCCAUUCUGUUGCAGUUGGGCGAUGCGCUCGACAUGGGAAUCAUCCCCGAUGGUCAAGUACAACUCGCUGCCAGCGACAUUGGCAACACGCUCUUGCGCCCGGGAGACAUGCCCUCGAGUUUCACGCUGCACAAUCCUCUGCUGCGCCUCGGGGCCAAAAACAUGUUUGCAGUGCCCAAACCCGAGCCCGCCUGUUCGGGACGUGCUGAAAACAUCCACGCCCUCAUCAACGUCAAUUGUACCAUUUGCAGUGCCCAUUGGUAUCUCUUUGAGAACAGCAAGGGAGCAACCACGUACGCACAGCGUGCGUGGCGCUACCUAUCGGAGAACGCGCUGCCUUUUAUUGGUGGGUGUCGUGAUGCACACACACACACACAACUGCUCAGAGAGCCAACCAUCAUGCACAUCGCUUCGCUUGCGCGCCCGAGCUGGCAGAGCUGA